GGAAUCCGCCGUCCGCUGCCGCGCGCCGCAAAACUUGUUAUAAAAUCCGGAGGUUAUACACCUGCCGGGUACGGGCGUAUAAUACAUUAUCACGGCUGUAAGUAACGCCGCGCGCGUUUAAUGGUCUCGUACCGCACGGGCGACGAUCGUUUUAAAUAAUCCGCCGGCGUCCGGGCCGCCGUCAUUUACCGCGUGCGCACCGGUCGAGUUCGACCCGCUAAAAGAACAACGCCCGGGCCCGCAACGCGAACACUCCGAACGAUGGCUUUCAACCGGUGGAUUUUCGCCGCGGCCGUCUGUCUCGCGGCGUCGCCGCUGUCCGUUGCCGGACGUGAGUAUAUUGUGAUAAUGAAGAUAAUAAUAAUAAUAAUAAUAAUAAUAAUAACAACAACAGUAACAACACGCGCAAUUUAACGUCGCGUCCGUGUUUAUAAACGCGCGUCGGACGUCACGUUUAUCGCCGGUUCUGUGUUAGAUUCUGAACGCGCCAACCCCCGGCCCCCCCUUCGGGAAUGUAUCGGUUUUUACAAUGAUGUUUGUUUUUUUUUCUCUCUCUCUCUCUCUCCGCGGACAACUAUUCUUAUAGCGCUUUUUCUGAAACGAAAUCGGACUGGCGAGGUACUAACGACUGGGUCGUUUUUUUGAUUUCCUCAUUUCGUAUGAUAAACAGGGAAAACCCGGGUAAAUGUGCGAAAUUUAUCAAAUCGUAAAUAUCGCGGCCUUUCAAAACGUGUAAAAUUCCGCUCAGAAUCGUUUUUUUUUUUUCAGAUUAACCGUCACGUACACGUUUACAUUAUAAAUAAUUCCCUUCUAUAUCCUACCUUCCCGUCUUCUCACCUACAACAGUGGCCCGUCCAUCGUACGAAGUAUGUCCGGUUCUAGUUUUUAAAUAUAUUUUUUUUUCUUACGAAACAUUAUUAUUAUAACAGGACACGAUCGUUCUCGUAAAACGACGUUCCUAUAUCGGGUCGUCUUCUCGCGCACGCAUUACGGACACCGUCUGUCCGUUUGCAUUCACUCGUAAAGCCUACAAUAUAAUAUUUUUAUUAUGCCUAUAUAAUAGUUUACCGCGACAUUACUCGAGUUCGUUGACUCUGCGAUGCCUUUUUUUUCCUGGUUAACCGACAGCAGUGGGAGAUCAGUUUUUCACAUUGCUACCCCACUACUGCGGGACGAUACCUAUGUCUCGGCAAUUGCACGAUAUUUGUAUAUUAUUUGUGUUAUUCGACACGAUUUUCGGUUUUAGUUUCGGUUUGCCUGAACACGAGAUUCUUUUGGUACAAAUUAAUGCUCAACGAUGCGACUCAACGUUUAUCGUACGUUGUUCUUGUACGCCAGAGGAUCCCAAACUUUUUUUCCCACGCGUAUAAAUCGUAAAAAAUGACGAUGUGCACGUUUCUUACUUAAUAACUCCCGCUCAUACGCCUGUUUACAUCUCAUGCGCCCCCGAAUUCGGUUUUCGAUAACAUGAACCCCUCGCGGGUCAGAAUAGACCUUUUGGGAACCUACGUUGUACUUUCGAAAAUCUUAAACCAACCGCCAAACGCAUUAUCACUGGACAAAAAUACUUUUUUCAGAAAAGUUUCUACGCUUUAAAUUCGGAGUAUUUAUUUCUGGCAGAAAAGCAGUUGUUAGACAGAGAAAAAAUGUUUAAAAAAAUACAGCGUAGUAAAACCAACACGUUCCUCGCCGCCCUGAGAAUCUAAAAGUUGAGCGUAACAAUCGUAAACAACAGUACAUUUGAUUUCCCGAUUAAAAGUCAAAAACAUUUUUCGUCGCCUUUCCGCCCAUACAAAACGGUGGUCCACAUCAGCCAUUAUCAACGCUCUUUAUUAUAUUUCGGGACGGUCACGUUAAAAACCUUGUAGUCCCUUCGAAAACUACCAACUUUCCGACUCUCAACGACGCAACUAAAAUCAAUGUUGCAAUAAUCAUAAUAAUAAUAAUCUCGUUUAUGCUGGUGCAUUUGAUUUAUUUCCAUAGUAUGCACGAUAAUAUUGAAAUUUUAAAUUUAUUUUUAUUUUUUUUUUUUUCGAAAUUUCAGUACCCCAAGGAGUACAGAACCAGCGGUUCGAACCGGUAACCGAGGUUUGUCUGGGAUGCAUUUGCGAAUCCAUAUCGACGUGCGACCGGAAUCUGCGUUGCGAGGGUGACGUGUGCGGAAUGUUCGGCAUAACGUGGGCGUAUUGGGCCGAUUCGGGCAAACCGGUUUUGCAAGGAGAUAAUCCGAACGACGGCCAAGGUAAAACGACGUCCAAUAAUAAUUACCCGUCGGUGUAUAUUAUUAUUAUCGUUAUUAUUAUGUAGGUGCGCACUGUAGCAACAAUCACGGCUAUUGCAAUGCAGGAAACGGUGUUAUAAUAAUAUUUUGUGCGCGCAUUUGGCGCCGUCCGUGAUGUUUCGAGACGGCGCGACCGCGUAGUAUGGGUGUAAUUGGACCGCGAUAUUUUAGCAGAAGAAAAAUUAAACGAAAAAAAAAAAAAAAUAAAAUAAAAUUUACGAUCACGAACGGGGAAAAUCCCGAUCGGGCGAAAAACAAUUUCGAAUUACAUACGCGCGGGCGGAUCGUUCAUAAUUUAUCCGGACGAAUGCGCGCGUUAUAACGUCGUGCUCUCCGCGUGCGCGCUGCGGCAUGGGCGAACGGUCCGUAAAUAGAUUAGCCGUUCUAUAUAUUUAUGUAUAUAUGUUAUAUUAUGCGUACAGGUACCUGCGCCUACGUCCGUCGACGUGGGAAUUCUCGUUUUUUUUUUUUUUUUUACGAUUUUUCGCGCGGGUUUAAAAAUUUCAUCGUCAACAAUCCGUACGGUAUCGCGCGGCACGUGUACGCUCGUAAAAAACCAAAUUAAAAUGUGAACAAAAAAAAACACACACACACACACACACACAAUAGCUCGCGAGACCAUACGCGUAUAUAACAGGUGUAUAUUAUACGAUUGUGUAAAACAAAAACCAUUUAUAUCCUUGUUUUCCCGUAUAUACCGCAACUUUCCGGAGUAUUCGAAUGACUCCGAGCGUGUGGGAAACAGAUCCGUGUGGUGAAAAAAAAAAAAAAUAAUAAUAACAAUAAAUGAUUUACAUUAUAGCCGUUUAAUAAGGGAAAAAACCGCGCUCGUCGUAAUUAAUCGAGCGCGGGGCGUCAAAACGGUAGUGUUUAAAGUAUUUUUUUUAUCGUUAUUAUAACACGCGUACAGGUAUACUCGUGAAUACACGCGACAAAUUAAAACAAAUAUCAAACCGAGACGGGAGAACUCGAAUUUAAUCGAAAUCAAAAACUGUAUCGUAUAAUGAUAAAUCGAAGUUUUGUUAAACAAAAAAAUGAUCGAAACAUUGUUGUUUUCUAUGAACAUGUAUAUCACACGGAUAAAAUAAUAAACGAAAAUAACAACGUGAACAUAAUGCAAUGCACGUCACAGUUUUUUUCUUGUAACAUUUCGUCAAAUCGACUUACGAUAAAUAGUCGUGUUAAGUUCGUGUUCACGUUCUUCGGAUUUGUAAUCUUUCGGUUGGUUGGCAGCACCAUUCAUUCCGUGCUUCUACGUUAAAACGCGAGUCCUUCGACUCCCUGUAACUUCCCGUUGCCUUAAUGCUGCAGCCCCAUCGCAAUGCCGGUGAAAUAUUUCAUUCAUAAUAUUGUUAAACGCGCGAACACAUUUACAUACAUUCGUUUCUCUGCAAACAAAAGCACAAUGGAAAUUAAAAAGGUUUUCCCGAACUAGUCGGGGAAAAAAAUGUCGAGAUUACAGUGAUUUUUCUAUAGAUUAUAACAACGUGCGUGUAUAGUGUACAAUGGCAUUUCAUACUCGUAUACGGUUUCUUGUAACGUCUAUAAUAUUGUGUAUUAAAAAUAUUAUUACGUUUAGUGUGAAAAUACUACGUCUUUAUGCACCUACCUAUUAUAUUAUAUACGUAAAUUAUUUCAUAAAAAAUUUAAAAAAAUACCUAUAUUUUAAACGUUUAAAGUCACCAUCACGUGUGAAGUUAAACGUACGAUAUUUUUCUAAACAGUAUGCUGCUAUAAGGUACCUAUGAUUCAGCUGUAUUUUUUUUUUCAGAUUUUUUUUUCUUUUUUUUUUUUUGUCUUGCAUAACAUCCUAAAAAUAGUAUAACUAUACAAAACCCCGAAACCGUAUUAUAAUACACGCUGGACCAUUAAACGAACAAAAACCCGAACAAAUUUUUCGAGUGUCGUGAUGCUGAAAACGUAAUCGUGUACAUUAGGCGUACACCGCGACUGUAUAGGUAUUAACCGCAAAGUUGUUUAAUGUUUUCGUUUUCCCGUUCCCUCGUUCCGUCGCCAGGCGUCGUAUUUACAGAUCCUAUCCGAAUUCAGCUCAAGCGAUGUAUUUAAAUACGUGACCCGUCGUGGUUUUUCAUUGACACUAUAGGUUUUAGGCUCACACUCAGGACAAUAACUUUCUUGGCGUAUCAGCGGGUUUGAGUUGUUUUGAACAAAAGGUAAGUUAAGUUUUCCGUUUCUCCUGUACUUUAUCUUAUAAACCCAUGUCGGGUUUUUAUCGAGGAGGACCUUAGAGUAGUAGGUUUAAGGUUCGCAUUAAGGGAAUUAAUUUCUUCGGAUCAGUAUCAAGUUUACGACCAACAAGUAGAGUGUGUUUUUUAAAAUUCCAAAAAACCAAUAAAACAAAUUAACUAGGUUACGUUUCGGCUCGGACCGAACUCGGAAUACUCCGAUGGGGUCUAAAAUAUGUCACCCGGCGUGAAAUAUACCGUGAUAAUAGAAUAUUAUUAUAAUACGUUAUUGCAGUAUCCAGUGGUGGAUAUACAGACCACCUCAACUAAUUUUUUUUUUUUAUUUUGGACCAAUACUUGACCUUUUUAAUUGAAAACCAUUUACGUGCAACAAUGUAAAUUGAUGAAUAUUCUACCGCAGUACAAGAAAAACGCAUACUAUAUUAUAUUACAGCGUUUAAAGGGUGAAAGGGGGCAUAUAACCCUAUUUUCUCUCCCUCCUCCUCUGGAUCCGCCGCUGAUAGGAUCGCAAUUUUAAUAUACACGCGAUCUGCAGGAACAUGAAAUAUUAUCGAUGUUAUUUAUCAAUAGUACCUAUACGGCUAUGUACCUACGUCUUUCGGUCGAUUGUUCGGACGAAAACCGAGGCGAUUGUUUCAUUUAGUAAAUUGUUCGUGAGCCAUAACAACACGUGCACGUACCUAUGUAUAAUAUAAUAUACGUAUAUAAUUAAACCAAUAAUCUAAAAUACAUUGUGUGUUUUUGCAGCGUAUCCGAGGUGUGCGAACGAUCCAACGUGCGCCAGACAAUCGGUCGUAAAUUACUUGACCAGAUUCGCUCAGGUAAGCCGAUUAUUAUAUACUUUUAUGGCUUUCAGGGAUAAUAAUACCUUAUCGAUAUCGCAAAGUCUUUGUCGGUCGGGGUAUUUAAAUUUUUUUUUCCUCACAUCAAAUUCCGACCGAAGCGUAGAACCUAUAUCGCAGGUUGUAUAAAUCUGCAGCGUUUUCGUUUUUUUUUUUUUUUACCAAUGUCUGUGGAUCGUGGGUGGAUAAAAAUUCUCUACGAAAAUUUCACAUCGCAGCAGUAUUUAUUAUACGCAGCGAUGUUCCCGUGUAAAGAGUAUACCGCAUUAUACGCCGUGUGUGCUCCUAAUAUUUUGUUGAACAAUCACGGUUAUACGCACCGUAUAUACUUUGAAAUAGUUUUUGGAAAAAAAAAUUCGUCUUAAUAAUAUUAUACAACUAUCAUUACUUGCAGUUCGUAGCACUUACGCCGCUAAAACCGUACAUGUAUAAAUGACAAUUUUGUUUAUUUCAGUCAUUUCGUCAAAAAAUAUUCGUAAUAUUUUCUUACGAUUUACAAUAUUUUUUUUUUCAAAUGUUGAAUAUUUUUUUCUUGGCACCUCGUUUUAAUUUAAUUUUGUGUAUAAUCGAUUUCUAUUUUCCUAUAAACAGUUUAAGUAUAAAUUAUAAAAGAGCUAUAAAAAAUACUCCAUGUAUGGCAUAGGAUGUCAUUGUGUACUCUCGGGAAAAAUUGAUAUAAACACUAUUACGUACACGUUAAAAGAAGAGGGUUUUCCGACCGACGGGACGACAUUUUAUUCGAAGUGUGUUUUUCACGUGAAUCCUCGGACAUUUUUUUUUUUGUUCUGGUCAUUAUAGUGCAUUUUAUAAUAUUAUUAUAAUACUAUGUGUAGGAUUGUAAUCGUGACGGUGUUAUUGACUGCGCGGAUUAUGCGGCCAUUCACAAGAAUGGCGGUUACGGAUGCAGCGGAUACCUAGACCCGAACUACAAAAACAAAUACGAUACGUGCCAAAGGUCCGUGUUCGAACUCUCGGGUUCGUCUCAGGUUCAAAACAAUAACGUACAAUUCCAGCAAGGGCAGCAGCAGCAACAGCAACAGCAGCAACUGCAACAGCAGCAACUGCAAUAGCAGCAACUGCAACAGCAGCCGAUUCCCGAUUCGUUUAAUUUUUAAAAAUAUUUUACAUUUUGUUUAUUAAGACAACGAAAUGAAAUGAAAAAAACCUUAUUUUAUCUACUAUCUAUAUAAUUUUUCAAUUAUGAUUUAAUAUAUCGCAUGUGUGCUUGCGUGUGCAAUAAUUAUUGCGCGUCAAAUGAAAUAUUUCUGUACUUUAACUACUUACGCAACAAUAAAAUAAUAUUUAUUUUUGUCAUUUACUCUGUUUCCGUGUGACGCUGCGAAUCGUAUAACGAUUGUUUGACCCACAUAUCUUUUGUCCGCGUCAUUAAUAAUAUUGUAUUAAUUAUUGACCUCCUAGGUGGACGAGAAAAAAAAAUAGGUAUAUGCGUUACUAAUUUCCCAACAAUAGUGGGUCGUAUCGCUAAAGGCUUCGGUGAAACCUUGGUCACAUAAUAUUUUGUUUUUGAAAUAACGCCAACCAAAAAGCGCGUUUGUAUUAUACCCAAAUACCUAACCAAUAACCUUGUUCCGAGUCGCGGAAUUAUCGCUAAAAUAUUCGAUUGUACCCAUGCCGAUUCAGCUGCAGGUGUCUAAUACCAAUUAUGUUUAGCACAAAGUACGUAUAAUACGUAUACAUAAUAUACAUACAUCGACCUUUUCAUAAUAAUAACGAUGACGUUUGUUAAAAAUAAUAUUAUAUAAUAUAAUGUAUAGAUAUUCGAACAACUGUAGGAUAUUUUUUUCUUUUUAUUUGAUAUUAUACAAACAUUUUCGAACAAACUAAUUUGUUGGCCAAUUUGUACUAUUUCCCCACCCCCUUUUUUUCUUUAUCGCAAAAAGUCAUGUUUAUCUGCAUCAGUGGCUCGUUGAAAAUGUAAGUAGGUAUGUACCGAUAAAUAUUAAAAUACUCGAUGACGACCCAUAUUUCGAAACAAAGACGUCGUUUUCUUUGAUGCAUGUAUUAUAUUAUUGUGUACGGUGUAUGGCAGUGCGUUAGUGUUUCUAAAUCGAUAAAUAUCAUUAAACUUUCUGUUUUACUAUAGUAAUCAAAUCCUUUGUGCGGGUGGAUAAUAGUAUCUACUCUCUCCGUAAUGAUUGUUUAUUUAUUAAACUACUUGAUACGUUAUAUUAUUACCUAUGUUUUGUUUGAAAAUCGAAUUGCUGUUUUUUACAUCCGUUUCCGUUCGCGUAUGGUUUUCGCGCAAAUACACGCAUAUCCGUUUCAUAUUGAUCCGAAAUUCUAAUGUUAAUAAUUAUUGAAACUAGGCACUAACUAACUAGAAAGUCAAAAUUAAGUUGAAAAGUUUCCUUUGUUAGUGUAUACCUAACUCUAAACUCAAUCAGUUAGUUUAAAUUCUGAAUAACUUUUUAACUUAACGCGUUGUUAUAGGGAUACAUAAAAUACGAGUAUACGAGUCUAAAAAGAUAAAAAGAUAAAAGUAACUGGUUAUUCAGUUGGUUUAUCAUUUUCUUUAAAAUCUACACUUAAAUUUUCAAACAUGAAAAUACGAUUAUAUAAUAUUGAUGUGUAUGUGUUUAGUUUUUCAGUUUUGAACAGACAAAUUUUUACGUUAUCGAUUUUCAAAAUAAAAUAACUAACUUAACUUUUAACUUUUUUAUUAUUUUUGAUCAACAAAUUCUGAUUUCACUCCUUCUUCCUCUCUCCUUCACUUUUAUCCCAACAUUUGCGAUUGGCUCAAUUUUUUAAUUUGAUUUAAGGGUUUAAUUUCAUUAAGUUGGAUAUUUUUUCUUUUAAUUUAAAAAACACAUACAAUUCAGUUUAAUUGAUUUUUUUUUUUAUAUUAACUAACUUAACUUUUAAUAUUUUGUUAAUCAUAACAUUAGUUGCAUCUAGAAAUAAUACAGUUUUAGUCUAUAAACAAAUCAUGUAGUAAAAUACAUAUUUAAAUAAUGUUUAUAAAAAUUACACUAACAAUAUUAAGAAAAUUUCGUUUUAAAUGCUAUCAUAUAGAAACGUUAAUAUUAUCUUCGUCAUAAGUUUUUAUUUUAAUAUAUUAUUAGAUUUUACUUCUGACUUGUCAAAAAUAUCAAUUUUAAAUCAAAAGUUACCUACUUACAUCUUAUACUUGUAGUAUUAUAAGAUUGUUCUAAUAAAAGUUUUAAAAACGUAUACACGGGGGGAAUUUGGGAGUCUAAUCCCCACCGUUGCGUUUUUUUAUCUUUACACAUAAUAUAC